GACAACGAUUUGGGCCAGCCAGUGACGUCGGCCUAUCGCACUUCCAAAUUUACUUGGCUCGAAAAAUCGGCGGACAGCCUGGUGGCUCAAAUUGAGCGGCGGGCUGCCGAUCUCCUGGGGACGGAGGCACUUUGCAUCGAGCCGUUACAGGUGGUGAGCUAUCAGCAAGGCCAGCAAUUCAAGCUGCACCAUGAUGCAGGGACCCUGCUGGAGAGAGACGGCGGGGUGGAGCUCGUGACUCCGUUACGCACGGCCACCAUCUUUGUUUACCUCAACACCAUUCCCGCCACCCGCAGCUGUGCGGGGUAUACACACUUUCCUCGACUCGGCCUCAAAGUACAACCGAAGCGCGGGCGCGCGGUCGUCUUUCCCAACCUUCGUGCGGAUGGCACUGUCGAGCCGGCCACUAUUCAUGCCGCUCUGCCCAUG